ACUGGUUGCAUGAUAUUAUCAGCUUGUAUGUAUAGUUAGGAUGAUGCAAGAACCAACACUCAGGUCUAUGAUUGGUUCACCAUAGGCUGGUUAGUUGCAAGAUGAUGCCACCAGUUUCGAGGUUUAGAUCUGGUUUAAGCUUUGUAUCGUGAUCUUGUAUGUAUAUUUUAGGAUGAUGCAAGAUGAACAUCACACUCAGGUUUAUUAUAUUUGGUUCACCAUAGGCUCGUUGGUUGCAAGAUGAGGAGUUCACGAGGUUCUAGCUUCAUUAUUUGUUAUGAUUCCAUUGGUGUCUCUGUGUUUGACCAUCAUAAUUUCUUAUAGUGGCUGUGCAGGAAGCAGAAAUGUCUGAGGAAGAAGUAAAGGGUGUAUUAGAAGCGGUAGCAUCAAGGGGAAAGUUCUGGCAGGAUUGGGAGAAACUGAAGGGAAUGCUGUCGUGGUGGUUGAAGAAGGUUCUGUCAGAAUACCCUGAAGCAAAGAUGACGGACGAACAACAAAAGAAAGCCCUAGGAGAAACGUAUUCACAGCUCGUUAAUCGAUUGGAUGAAGCCCUUCUUAAUUUCGACGAAGGUCCUCCAUUUACACUGCAGAGACUCUGUGAGAUCCUUUUGGCUGCAAGGAGUAUCUACCCGAAGCUCUCAAAGCUCGCUCUUGCUUUAGAAAAGAAUCUGUUGGUUACUUCUAUGCUAUCCAUCAGCACGGACCCACAAUUAGAAACCACUGAGAAUGCAAACGCAACAACGGAAGACACGGGGAGUGCUGCAGCAAAUUGGACACAAAAUGGAACUGAAGCAGUGGGAGGGGACAAGGACGAGAUAAUGACAGAGGUAGAAGAAGCAGAUGUUGAUGACGCAAUGACUAUUGACAUGGAAACUAUCGAUGAACCAUCAGAGACAAUGACGACAGCUAGUGAGAGUGAGAAGCCAAGUGAAACCAAUGCUGCAGAACCAUCAUCGGAUUCAAUGGCUGCCGGGGAGGGAGAUUCACCGUUGCCUUGAACCUUUAUGCUUCGAGAGACGAGAGUUUGAACGAUCAGCUUUGAAAACUGACCUCGAAUAUAAUGUUUGUUCUAAGAGGAGACAUUCUUGGAUCAUCUUUCACUGUAUUAGUUUUAUGAAGGUUUCUGUUGUUUGUGUGUAGAUUUUUGGAUCAUAAGGUUGAUCGAUUCUCAAAUUCAAAGACAGAAAAAUAUUUUGAAAUGAA